AUUCUAUUUCCUGGUUGUUGGCGAUCAUGUGCGCUGUCAACAUGGCGGGGAGAAAAUGUCUUGCAGGACCCUUUGAUAAAAUACAUAUCUUCGGUGUAUUCCUGGCCAUAUUUGUAAUAAACUUUGUCGUUUCUGCAGAUCAGGAAGUCGAAAGCAAAGUACUGUCAGUCGCUGACACCAACUGGACUUUGAUCCUCGAAGGAGAAUGGAUGUUACUGUUCUAUGCCCCCUGGUGCCCGGCCUGCCAGCAGAUAAAAGAGGAAUGGGACAUGUUUUCCCGGGAUAGUGCACCACUGGAUGUCUCUGUGGGCAAGGUGGACGUCACCCAGCAGCCAGGUCUGAGUGGACGGUUCCUGGUCACGACGCUGCCUACUAUUUUUCACGCCAAGGAUGGAAAUUUCCGGAGGUACUUGUCAUCACGGACGGUGGAGGACUUCCAGAGCUACAUCACUGAGAAGAAGUGGGAGGUGGUGGAACCUGUGCCAGGAUGGAAGUCACCGUCCUCGAUUGUAAUGACAGGAAUGGCUGGCCUCUUUCAUCUCUCUGUGUGGAUCAGACAAAUCCACAGUUACCUGACUGAAACGCAGGGGCUGCCAGCGUGGACGUCCUACUUGAUAUUUGCCAUGGCGACGUUGCUGACAGGACUCAUCCUGGGCCUGGUUCUGGUUUUGAUCGCAGACUGCCUGUGUCCAUCGAGACCGAGGCACAAGUCUGGAAAAAAAGAGGAGUUCCUGAAGGAUGAUUUAUCCGAAGACGAGGCAAACGCCUCCCUGAUCGAGGAGAAGCGGCCAUUUGACUCAGAGAACGAAAAUGAGAAUGAGAUGGAGCACAUGAUCUCCGGAGAGGAGUCCGCAGGUGAAGAGGCAGUGACCACUGUGGGGGCAGACGACGGCAAUGACAGCCAGCAGCCAGAGGGGGCGACGGAGAGCGAAGUGAGACACCGGAAGCCACAGGGAUCAAAGACAGCAGAAGAAGAGACCUAACCCCUGUUUCCUAGCAUGGCCUACAGGAUUCGUGAAAGAAGAGCGUCGACCCCGUGCACGCGGGCUAGGGGUGCUAGCUACACGGCACACGCCCAUACGGAAUGACCUUCAGAUGACCUUUAGUUGUUUAAAGUAAAUGCUGCCUCCCGCUCCUCGGCUUGCCUGCUGUACCGUGCAUGUCAUUUCUCUCUCGUCUCUGCAAAAACACUCCUGCGCUACAAGGAUAGUGUGCUGGCUUUGGCUCAGGUGGGUAACAAAAUCUGCUUCAGUCACAGAACUUUUCCUUUCAUUCAUUUGGAAAAGGUUUCUGCAUUGUUUUUCUUCCAUAAUUUAUCAAAUUAACAAUAAUAAUUCAAUAAUUUAAUUCGAUAAUUGCUGUCUAAAACUGCAUGGGUUGUUUCCAGCAAAAGCAGUUUUGUUUUGAAUCAUCCCAGUACAAUCCAUAACACAUUUGGUAAACAAGAUUCAUUCAUUAUCUGACCCUACAAUCCCUGCUCAAUAAUGUUAGGCCUCCAUAGUGUGAUAAAGAAUUUUUUUUUUUUUUUUUUACAAAAGUGAAAAAAUGUCAGCUGAGUCUUAUAAUCCACCAACGAGUUUACAGAAUUAUAAGUGUUAUGAUAUAAACGCGCAUAUUGUGCUUGAAGUGGACUGACGACCAUGCACAGCGUAAAUGCACAACACAUUCCAGAGGGGUUAGAAAUGCACUCCUGCUUUCUAUUUAUUAAAUCUGGGGAAUUAAAUGUGACUGCAUGGGUUUUUACUGGUGGACUCCUGCUUUUGCAGGUUGUGUGUUCUUCUGUCACUAAGUUUUGAAAAUUUAAUUUGACUGUAUUACAGUAUUGAAUCAGUCACAAGGAGCUUAAGCGUGUAAAUUACUCGGAUGAUCACUUUGUUCUGACAUUGCAGAAAUAUUUUCUUGGAUUUUUUCACACGACUGCGCGUAAUUUCUGAGCUUGCUUUUUGUAUGCUUCUCCAUGAGCGAAGUUAAGUAAUUUCACACAGAACAGUCUCAAGUCUGAGAAAAGAAAUAUUAAACAAAGGAAAGCUUGUCCAUAAAAUCAAGCAACGUACCGAUAAAGGUAAUCAGUCUUUUCUGCAAAGGACUAUGAGGCACUUUGAAGUCUGGUGGAGCUGAACGGCUGCACAAGUGGUCAGUUUGUCUUAAGCGCCCUCUACUGGCCAACACAGAAGUUAACAAUCAAGAUGCGAAAAGUUCCUUGGGCGACAAGUUUAAUCGGCUUGCUUUGACAAUCUGAUUAUACCUGAUAAUCCGAUUAUUGGCUUAUGGAGUUUUAACUUUUACAUUUUUUUUUGCUUCUAAAGCCUUUUUUAAGGAGUCAUUAAUUGGCUUUGUAUUAUUUUUGUCCAUGCUAAUUUAUAUAAUCAAAUGCUCAGCUUAGUGUGAGGAACCAGGUGUUAAGACAAAAAUGUGUAAUAAAUGAAUUGCAGUUGCCAAAUAAUAGCAUCAGUAUUGAUGUCAUAUUUCGUCUUUGGUUGUGGUGGUGUUCUGGGAUAAGGUUGUUAGGAUGAACAGCAGAAAAAUACUCUAACCCAGAGAUCCUCUGAUUUGACAAUCACAUUUGCCUGUGUACUCUUUCAAUGUUUUAUCACAUCAAGGAGUAUAUUUAUACAUGAUUUCUACCGACUUAUUUAUUCAACAUAGAAUAUAAAUUCACUAUUUUUCAGACAAAAAUGAUAUAUGUAGCACUAUGAAACCAGCCAACAGAGAAAAAUGCAUUUUGAUAUAUCCAUUUAUUUGUCAUUUUUGUAAAUCUAUUCAGAAAUGAUACAUUUCUUUUAAGGGUAACUUCACUAAAGACCAAAUAUUCUGUUCCCUACUGUGCAGUUUAGUGUCUGUACUUAUUGAGCUCGGACAUUUGUUGAGAAAGGAGCCGGUUUUCACUGUGGACAAAUGUGUGCAUUUCAGUGAGAAAAAACUAAUGAGAAAAAACUAAAUAGAUGGGCAAAAUUUGUCAACUGAUUUUCUUAUGCAUGUGAAAGCACUUAAUGUACAGUAGCACAGAACACUAUCCGUGUGAUAGGUGCAAUCAUAUGCCGCCCUUAAACAGUCUUGUAAAAUGAUUGAUUUGAAGUUACUUGAUUAUGUAAGAUUGCAGUCCAUUUUCUCCCACUACACCUCUGUAAGUACAAUGUUAUAUAACCGCAUGGGACCAUAUUGUACUUCUGAUAUUUCUUCCAGUGGUGUAAUCUUUGCCUGCUUCUGUAGUGAUUAGAUUGUAUGCAUUUGUUUUAUGUUAGCCAGCCAGCUAAAUGUAGCACUAGUGAAACAGCAAUACUAAUAGAUUUUAUCUGUAAUGCUGCAGCCUCUUACUUAUGACAAAAAAUAGCUAAUGUAGCUAAUGCUUAUGCCUUAUAUGCAUAUACCUGUCCAUAGCAUUUUCCAUAACUGCCUUUGAAACAUCUCUUUAAAUGAACAUUCAGUUUUAUUUGGAACAAACUAACCAGUGAGUUAUUAUUAGGCCAGAUCAUAUUCUUCAACUGACUGUUACUUUAUUGAACAGCCAAAAGUGGUUGCAGUCAUUUGCAAACAAACAACCGGUGUAAUGAUACACAAAGGCAUAGUAGUUGAAAUGGCAGGUUAUCGGUUUCCAAGUUGGCAACAUGUACUUUUUCAUGAAAGAGAAGCUGUCUUCCAUUUUAGUUUUGAUAGCGAGUGAUUUUUAGCGAAGCAGCUAAUGAUAGCUACCUCGCUACUGUUGUUCAGUGUUUCGAGCUGUACAUCAUUACACAUCACUGAUCACAAUGUUGGUCAGGUGAUACAGUAUAAACGGGUCUUAAGGUAAUAAGACCAGUAGACCAGCAGGGCGGUGAACAGCUGUGUUUUCUGGGAUUUGUAUGAGAAUCGGAUAGUGGGGAGUAGUUUAUGUAACCAAGUCUGCUUUUACAUGUUGAUGUCUACUAUAGUGAAUGUAAGGAACAGAAUAUGCCAUUUUCUGUGAAGUUUCCUUUUGAACUCUCAUCCAACAAAAGUGAACAGUGCCUCUACAGAGCAACUUCUUUUAUGAAAGUUUAUCAUUUAUAUUUUCUUAUUCUGAUGUGUGUACUUGUAAUAAUUAUUUUGACUUUGGAUAUAGGAUCUUGAAUAUAUACCAUUUAAAAGACAGCUUUGCAUAAUGAUGAAGUUUAUUUCCUUUUAUUUAUGCCGGGAAAUUGUAAUUUGUCCUGUACUGUACGGUGCCAUAUUACCGCCCUGUAUGUGCAAAUGAGAAAAUAAAAGAUACAAAAUGAUAA